AUGUAUAAGAGAUACACUCAUAACCAGCAUAUUCAUACCUUCUUGUAUAAACAUUUUGUAUGCACUGAUGUAUACAGGCACAAAACACUGAUGCUAUCAACCUCAGUUUUCUGGGGGCAGUUCCAACACCGCUACACAGAUGGUGUAAAGAAUGAGAGGAUAUAUCAUAAUGAUGAGGAUGAUGACCGAGACGAUGAAUCUCGAGAAAAUAUUCCGGAAGUUGGAAGCGAUAAGGACAUCGAGACAUUUGAUAUGCAGUGGGACUACCACUCGGAUCUCGCUGCCGUCAACUCGCCUGCUUUCAUUUCCAACAGACCUCUCGUUGAUAGCAAAGACAGCAAAACCAAUGAUAGUUCAAGUUUUGAGAGAACCCCUCCACCGCGCACCAGGAAGGAGAGCUUGGUCCUUUUUUACCUGGAUGACGACUUCAAUGAUGGCUUCAUUGCCGAUGAGGAUGAGUUCUUUAUCGCUCCAUCACUGAUCGACAGGAAAGAUGUCGGCAGUAAAUACUACAACAUGCAUGUAAGCUAUCCAUCAGGCCAUUCUACUCCUCGCAAACUCAAUAAAAAGAAAGCGCUUGCUGCUUCAAGUGCCAACAAAUCAACUGCCUUGAUGGCAUCUAAGCAUUUAAAUGCAUCCCUACAACUUGAAUCUGAUUUCAAAAAGUGCAUAGCCAGAUUGCUUCAUCCAUCCUCAGCUGACUCAAAAGCUUCGGCAACAUCUACAAAAAAUUCUCCCAGGCGACUGAAAAAUCUUCAAAAUUUUAAAAAUACUGAAAAAUUCAAUAACCACAACGAGUGCAACAAAAACAAUGUCGAGAAAAAUAACACUAACAACAGUAACAAGAUAUUUGGGGAUGAUGCUCCUCGUGUGUUAGGUGAAGUUAGGAAGCUUUUUGAACACCUCGAAGUUGACCUUAAUAUCAACUUGACCCAGUUAUCCAGCAUCAGAAAGGCGUACAGCAAGAUAUUUGAAAUUUGUGGUGCCAUAGAGGUACGUGCGUUUCACUCUUACACGUACUCCAUCCUGGCUCCCAUCACCUACCAACUCCUCAUCAACAACUGCCUCAAUCUCGACAACAUCGGUGGAACAUUCCAGAAUGUUGUGCAGCACCUCGUAGCAGCUGUCGACAAUAUGCACAGUUAUCUCAUGAACUGGAAGUACAAAGGUUCCACAAGGGUUCCAAAGAAUGAGGUCUUGUUCAAACUCAUCAACAGUCUCAAAAUUUCUUGUGAACAGAUGACGGCAAUAUCGAGCAUGACGUCACUGAAGUGCCGUCAGCAGUAUGUCACCUCCCUGAUGAACCAUGGUGUGGACAUGGAGUGCCAUCUCGUUGAGGCCAUGAAGAUCAUCAUCUGCUUGAAUGCCAUCAACUUUUUCAAGACCCACACCACUUCUAACAGCAACGACACUAAAGACAUUAACAGCAACGAUGACGUCAUAUUUUCUGAUGUACUCAACAACAAUUACAACAACAACAACACAAGUAUUGAAAACCAUAAGAGCAAUAACAACAACAACACAAGAGAUAAAUAUAACGCUAUUCUAAUGAACAUCGUCAGAAAAAAUGCGCAGUUCAACAGUGCUGAAGAGAUCUUCAACAUGAUGAACUGUAUAGAUCACGAUGAAUGUCCUAUUGAUGAUAUUGGUCUUUCAGUCAUAUGCUGCUUAUUAAAUGCCGACCUGCGAGUCAUCAGACCCCACAAGUACAGCAACAACAACCAGGACGACGACAACGAUGCUGCUGAUUGUGAUGAUAAUGAAGCUUUCCUCUGUUUCUAUCCUAAUCACGUUCUGAUGAUGAGUAACAUUACACCGCCAUCAUCAUCGCCAUCGUCGUCACCAUCAUCACCAAAGUCACCAUCAAAAGUGAUAACGAUCAUUGAAGAUAAGCCUGGCCAACUCUAUUGUCUACCUGUUGAUUCCGAGGAGUAAUGAUGGCGAUGAUGACCAUGAUGAUGAUGAUGAUGAUGAUGUUAUUAGUAAUGAUGCUGAUAUCAAAUACCGUUAUAUCAUCAUGCCCUUACAACUGGGGUGAUUAUUAUGAUGUAUGUAUGUAUGUUAAUGACAGCCAGCCAGAUGAAGUAUUAUUUAACAAAUUCGUUUUAACUGGUCGUUUCUUUUGUUUGUGUGUUUGUUUAUAGGUUCGUUUGUUUGUGUGUGUGUGUUUGUACGUUUGUUUGUUUGUGUGUUUGCUUGGUUAGUUGGUUGAGUGUGUGUCAUCAAUUAUUCACUUGUUUGUUAUAUUUCUUUUUCACUUUCUGUCUCAACAGAAAUCAUUUCACGCGUAGUUUAUUUAAUUAUUUAUUUAUUAUUUUUGAAGUUUCUUUUUAAAUAUUAAUCUAGCUUCGUGUAUAUGUAGCUUUAUUAUUUCGCCAUUAUAAUUAUAAUUAAUUAAUUAAUUAUUGAUAAACUUUUU